AUGCUUUCUCGGCUUCUACCAAUAACAGCAUAUGGAGCUGGAUUUGGGGUUUGGAAGUCUUACCUAAAGUUAAACUUUUCAUGUGCCAGCGAAACUAUUGAGCACGCGUUGAAGGACUUUAAGUGGACCGCGUUCCUGUGGAAAGCUCCGCCUCUCCGACUUGCUCCAAUCGAUGAACAAGAUUUAUGUGAUCUAUCAUUUUGGUUCGACAAGAUACGUCUAUCCCCACAUAGAGAAAGCCAUGGUAUGUUCGCCACUAUCGCCUGGUCUGUAUGGUAUGCUAGGAAUUUGCUGCUCUUUCAAGAUAAAGAACUAUCCCAUAUGGACUGCCUUAAUAUUACACAACGAGCUAUGUGGAAUAAAAAUACGAGUCUGGAACGAGCUCAUGCAGACCCAUCACCUACCAGCUUUAGAUGCAGUCGGAGGGGGCAAGUCAAGAUAUGGUGUGAUGCAGCGAUUUACAUACUAGUUGGAAUGGGGUUUGGUGCCAUUCUAAAGGACGGCGAUGGAAAUCUGUUGGGAAGCUGUUAUGGAUUCAUUCCGGGCGUGUUUGAUGUAGUAGAGGCGGAAGCAAAGACGGUCCUUGACGGCUGUCGUUUUUGUGUGGAGAACAACUUGGGGGAUGUUAUUAUCAAGACCGACAGCCAGAUCCUCUAUUGA